AUGUCGUCCACAACACCGCCCCCAAAAUCGCCUGAGCGAUCGCCGACCCGGCCCGCCGCCUCGGAGGAGACGCCCCUGCUGGCCGCCGCGCACGACGAGGGCCGCGACGAGCACGAGCAGGCCGCGCUGCUCGAGCCGCCCGGGCCCAAGAAGCGCACCAGGAGCUGGUGGUUCUGGCGGGUCCUGUGGGCCGUGCUCGGCGCGCUGGUGCUUGCUGUCUUCAUCAAGGGCUGGAUCGACGCCGACGAUGUUGACUUCGACCUCAGGGGCGCCCUGAAGCGCGCCCUCGGCGGCGGGCUGAGCGGUGCUGCGGCCAUGGUGCUUCAGGUCUUGUUGCUGAUGUGGAUCCGGACCAUCAUGAACUACCAGUAUCGGCAUGGCUCGUCCCUCACCACGGCCACAAAGACCCUCUACGCCGAGGGCGGCAUCCCGCGCUUCUACCAGGGCGCCGGCUGGGCCCUCAUCCAGGGCCCCGUCUCGAGGUUCGGCGACACGGCCGCCAACGCCGGCAUCCUCGCCCUGCUCCAGUCCAACGGCUACCUCAGCCAGCUGCCCAGCCUCAUCCAGACCAUCUUUGCUUCUGUCUGCGCCGCGGCGUUCCGCAUGAUCCUGACCCCCAUCGACACCUUCAAGACCACGAUGCAGGCCCAGGGCUCGCGCGGCACGGCCCUGCUCCGCCGGCGCGUCAAGGAGAACGGCGUCGGCAGCCUGUGGUGGGGCGCCUUCGCCACGGCCGCCGCCACCUUUGUCGGGCACUACCCCUGGUUCGCGACGUACAACUUCCUGUCCGAGAACAUCGAGGAGCCGCCCAAGCACCCCCUGAUCAUCUGGCUGGCCCGCCUCGCCUUCAUCGGCUUCUGCGCCUCCAUCAUCUCCGACAGCGUCUCCAACUCCCUGAGGGUGAUCAAGACCUACCGCCAGGUCAACGACACCCAGGUCUCGUACACCGAGGCGGCCAGGCUGGUUAUCCUGCAGGACGGCGUCCUGGGUCUUUUUGGCCGCGGCCUCAAGACGCGUAUCAUCGCCAACGGACUGCAGGGCAUCCUCUUCUCCAUACUUUGGAAGCUCUUCCUUGACUUGUGGGAGAGGUCGACGUCUUGA